AUGCAGGCAGCUUCACUAUCUACAAAAAUUUUUAAUCCUUCUCGACAUUACUUACGUAUUCGACAAAAUGGAAAAAUUUGGAAUUCAAAAUUAACAGUGUUUGAUUCUUCUUCAAAUGAUAAAAUAGAUAAAUUUGAUUCAGACAAAAUUGUUUCUGAUCCAAUUACAAAAUUUGAACAUUCACCAUCACAUAAAGAUAUAUCCUUUCGUAAUUUAAUUUUAUCAAUUAAACAGUAUGCUAUUACUGCCUUUAUGCCCAAAGAUUAUCAUGACUCUGUAACUAAAGAUUAUUGGGGAUUUGCGAAAUGGCAGUUUUUUCAUAAUAUUGCCGGAUCUGUCACUGGAGGUCAAUUAGGCGGCGUGGUCUAUGCUGCUUCUAUCAAUAACCGUUUUGACUCUGAGCCAAAACGUCAUCGCUUUCAAUCAGUAAUUGUUAUGCAAUGGGCUUCUCUAUUGGAAUUCUAUCGGUCUAAUCUUUAUGUGACAACAAAUACUCUCAAUGUUCCUCGUGCAGAAAUGAUUUUAUAUGGCAUUUUAAGACAAUUUGAUGAAAGAGCAAAUAUAUCUCUACCAGAUAAGGGUGUUAUAAAAAAUCUUAUACCGACACCAAAAAAUAUAUCAUCACGAGAAAUAUUCGUUGGUUAUUAUCAUUCUUUAUUUAACAUACCUCUGGUGAUCGAACCUGCUUUACAUCAUUAUACUUCACAAGAAUAUACAAAUAAUUUGCUUACAUCUCUGACACAUAAAGGGUUCAUUCAUUCUGAAGAAUAUUUCAUUCUUCAUGCUCCAAAUCGUAGUCUCGGUAACAAACAACAUGUUGUACUUUGGUUUUCACAAAAUGCAAAAUCAAAAGAUAUGAUUAAAGGUUUUUAUCAUGCAUGUGUAAUAAGGUAUUUGUUGGAAGGUUAUGAUCUUUUUAAGUUAGAUAAAGACUAUAAUGAUUUCAUUUUUAAUAUUAUGAAAAUUUCUCAUGAAUGGGUAGAAGAUUCAUUUGAAGUUUUUUUAAAAGUUCUUGUAAAAAAAAAUUGGGAGAUUGAACAUACUUUUUUGACGGAUAAAAAUGAUCAUAGAAUAUCUAUUGACAAAUAG